AUGGGCAGUACCACUGAGCUCACAGGGGAGAUAAAAGUUUUUUAACUCUCAUCCUGACGUUAGUUUUCUGUGUUCCUGGCCAUGGUGGAGAUCUAAACGGUCACACACGAGGCCAAGGCGCGCGGAGAGCAGGUCGUUUCCAAUUGUACAGUGAAGAAAAGAGGUGGAGCAACAUGGCUGCCUCUGUUAAGGUGGCAGUGCGAGUCAGACCUUUCAACUCGCGAGAGAUGAGCCGAGGCGCCAAGUGUGUAAUCCACAUGCAGGACAAUACUACAUGUAUCAUCAACCCAAAACAGCCGACACACACCGCCAAGAGCUUCGCCUUCGACUAUUCCUAUUGGUCACACACUACAGAGGAUGAUCCUGCCUUUAUUUCCCAGAAGCAGGUGUAUUUGGAUAUCGGAGAGCAGAUGUUACUGCACGCAUUUGAAGGCUAUAAUGUGUGUAUUUUUGCUUAUGGACAAACUGGAGCAGGAAAAUCGUACACUAUGAUGGGAAAAGCAGAGCCUGAAAAACAGGGCAUCAUACCACAGAUGUGUAAAGAUCUAUUUAAUCGCAUCACAGGGAACACAGAUCCUGAUCUGUCAUACUCAGUGGAGGUCUCCUAUAUGGAGAUUUACUGUGAGCGUGUGUGUGAUCUGCUGAGCCCUGUGUGUGCUGUUGGACUGCGUGUGCGUGAACAUCCCAUCCUCGGCCCAUACGUGGAGGAUCUGACCACACAUGCUGUGUCCAACUACAAGGAAAUCACUGAGCUGAUGGAGUGUGGGAACAGAGCACGCACGGUGGCUGCAACAAACAUGAAUGAGGCAAGCAGUCGCUCUCAUGCCGUGUUUACACUCAUCUUCAGUCAGCGCCACCGAGACAUCAUCACCAAUCUCACCACUGAGAAGGUCAGUAAGAUCAGCCUGGUCGACUUGGCGGGCAGUGAGAGAGCUGCUUCAUCUGGAGCAAAGGGUAUAAGGUUAAAGGAAGGAGCUAAUAUUAAUAAGUCUCUCACUACACUGGGGAAAGUUAUAUCUGCUCUGUGUGACAUGCAAAACAGCAAAAAGAAGAAAUCAGACUACAUCCCAUACAGAGACUCUGUCCUUACAUGGUUACUGAAGGAAAACCUCGGUGGAAACUCACGCACAGUUAUGAUUGCUGCUCUCAGCCCUGCAGAUAUCAACUAUGAAGAAACACUCAGUACUCUACGGUAUGCCGACCGUGCAAAACAGAUUCGCUGUAAUGCCAUAAUCAAUGAAGAUCCAAAUGCACGGCUAAUCAGAGAACUAAAGGAGGAAGUGAACCGACUCCGAGAGCUACUGCUAGCACAGGGACUUAGCCAGCUAAUCACUGGUGCAGAGGUGAAUGAUAGCAGAAGCUCUUCUGCACCCACCCCUGACUCUGAACCUAACGGUGCUCCACCAAUCACAGCUCACGCCCCACCCCAAGAUCUUCACCCCGUCUCUCUCUGUGACUCUAACGAAUCAGGUUAUCAGGAUAUGACACAGGAAGAGGUGAUAGAAAGACUGAGGGAAACAGAGAAGAUUAUUGCUGAUUUAAAUGAAACGUGGGAGGAAAAACUACGAAAAACUAAUUCUAUGCGUUUGGAAAGAGAGACCCUGCUAGCUGAGAUGGGUAUGUCUGUUAAAGAGGAUGGAGGAACUGUUGGUGUGUUCUCACCUAAAGGAACACCACACCUGGUGAACCUGAAUGAAGAUCCUCUAAUGGCAGAGUGUCUGCUGUAUUACAUUAAAGAGGGCAUUACGAGGGUCGGUCAGAAGGAGGUGGACAUCAGACUCAGUGGGCCGUUCAUUAUGGAACAACAUUGUGUCUUUAACUGCUAUACUGACAGCCACGGAGAGAGUAAACAUUUUGUUGUAACUCUGGAGCCAUUAGAAGGGUCAGAGACUUACGUCAACGGCAAACUAAUUACAGAAUCAUCCGUGCUCAAACAAGGUGACCGUUUGGUGAUGGGGAAGAGCCAUGUGUUCCGGUUUAAUCACCCGGAGCAGGCAAAGCGGGAGAGGGAGCGAGCAUGCAGCACCACCACUGACCAGCAGGGGGAGUGUAAUAACACACAGCUGGAACUAAUGGAUGAACCAGGCAAAGAAAUCAUAGAGGACAAGGAGAUGAGACUAAAAGACAUGGAGCUUCAGUACCAACAGGAGAAAGAGGAAGCUGAUCUUCAUCUCGAACAGCAGAGGCUGUAUGCAGACUCAGACAGUGGUGAUGACUCUGAUAAGCGUUCAUGUGAAGAGAGCUGGAAACUCAUCUCAUCUCUCCGUAAAAAACUACCAGCUACCAAGGUGCAGUCUAUAGUGAAACGUUGUGGCUUACCCAGCAGUGGGAAGCGGCGUGAGCCUCAGCGUGUGUAUCAGAUCCCACAGCGGCGACGUGAGGGUGUGUUUGAUCCUGAGCGUGUGUCUCUAUCUGACCUGCAACUGCAGGCAGUAAAGGAAGUGUGUUAUGAAGUGGCACUCGCCGAAUUCCAAAACACACGCUGUGAAAUAAAUGCCAUGGCCAUCAUGAAGAUGAACGAACUGCUGCGCAUUCAUGGAAUGAGCGGGGCUGAAGGAGCCUGGCGGCAGGUGGCCCAGGAAGUCUGGGACACAGUAGGUGGAGCCACAGAAGAAAAGGACAGAGUUAGUGGUGGAGGGGGUGGAGAUGCUGACAAAGAUGACAGGGACAAAGGUGGCAUGUGUGACCUGAAGACUCACCUGGAGAAGCUAACAGACAUUUUACAGGAAGUGAAGCAGCAAAACAACAUGAAGGAUGAGGAGAUACAAGCACUCAGAGACAGGAUGAUGAGGAUGGAGAGGGUCUUACCUGUGCAACAGGGUCAUGAAGUCUUAGAGAAUCAGGGAAUUGGAAAAAUAAAGGACAAUGAGGCAACUGAGGGGUGUGGCUAUGAUAAUGAGGAGUGUGUUUCUCCUGAUCUGCACUCUAAUGAACAGCGAGUUAUGCGUCUGAUGGAAGAAGACCCCGCCUUCCGGAGGGGGCGGCUCCGCUGGCUUAAACAGGAACAGACACGACUCCAAAAUCUACAGCAACAGCAAAUUACAAAGCGGCUGCGACAGACGACAGGGGGCGGGACAACAGGCAGGGCUGGGGAAGGAGGCGUGGUUCACCUGCCAGGAACAGGGCGGUUCAUUCCUCCACAUGAUUGUAAGCUAAAGUUUCCCUUCAAGAGCAACCCACAGCACAGGCACUCCUGGAGCCCUGCCCACCAUAUAUCCCCACCCACUGAAGAAGAGAGAAGGGAGGGGCCAAAAUGUCUCUCCACUACAAACCAUACCACUCUGAACCACAUGGUUCCAUCAGCAAAUCCCAGUCCCACCCAUGAGGUACCAUUUUUCAUUCUCCCAUCUAUGUUCCAGUUGCCAGUUGCCAUGGGAACCCAGCGCCUACACACACCUUCUAGCAACAGUCACUUCCCACAGCAGCAGCAGUGGCACUACAGGAGGAACUCUUUGGACAGUUCAGCCAAUUACCAUGGAUACAAUAAUCAAUACAGUCACUGUCGGCGACGAUCCCCGAGCCCUGUGACAAGAGGGGAUACCAGAGAUUACUAUGGCAACCAUCAAUAUCAUCACAACCAACCUCAGCAUUGUGUCCCCCCAUUUCUGAUGUUCCAGGCUCCACCUACUCAGUACACACUGCCAAGUAACACGCACACUGAACUUGCCCAAUGGGGCUGGGGGCGGGGUCAAAGAUACAACACACCCCCUGACCUGAGACGUCAACUUAGUGUACCUGACUUGGAGAGCAAACAAACACCUGUCUGAGUGUGUG